CUUUCUCUUCCUUCAAUUCACUGCAAGAACCCCAAACCCACUCAAAACUUGUAUUCAAAAUCCUCUCCUCUGGAGAUCAAACACUCCGUUGAAAUCGUUUUUCUUUCUGUGAUUUUCAAUAUGUCUAACAAACACGACAUGUCUGAUCAUGUGUCCAAGGUAGACAAUCAUUUCCUUAAACAGUUCUGCUCAACAUACAACAUUGGUCCUGAGUACAAGCCCACUGUUCCUCAGCCCGACCACCGUAUCACCGACUGUCCCGACGGUUACAUCGGCCUUUACACCAGACAUUUUGAGUCCUCCAACAUCCGCAUUCCCUUCUCCAAUUUCUUUCUGGAUUUCUUGAAACAUUACAAACUUAACAUAUCCCAGUUGUCCCCUCUUGGUGCAAUGAAAGUUACUCAUUUCGAAAUCAUGUGUCGGGCUCUUGGUGGCGAGCCAUCGCUACCUUUGUUUCGACAGUUUUAUGGACUCGCUUGGAAUGGCGAUUGGUACACCGUGAGACAACGGAGGAAUCUUGCUAUUUGUUGCAUAUCAUGCGUUCCAACAUCUAUGCCUCCAUGGAAGGACUCAUUUUUUUGGGUUUCUGCUGAAGCUAUACCUUUCAAAAUGGGUUGGAGACACCACGAUGAUGAGCCGUCAAAUGUUAUCCCCCCUCAUACCGAACACUUCGAUCAGAAACUGUACCAACUCUUGGUUUACCAUCCCACAUGCUUGCAACAGCAAGGAUUUCCGGAACAUGUUCUGAUCCUAGCUGGCUUGAGUCGAAACUGGCCGCACUUGAACGCCGAGCCUGUCAUAAUGGAUGGGGACAAGGAAAUGGACUUGCUCAAGUAUAUCAAGGAGACGGGUGUUGGUAAUGCUGGUGUUGUAAAGUUCACAUCUCGUUCUCUUGCUGAACAUGAAGACCACAUUUUAGAGCGGACUAAAGGCAUCUGCUACGAAGGUACCGGUUCCAGUGGUGGAAAUGUGGAGAUUCAUAUGAGCACGUUGAUUGCCAAAGGAAAAGGCCCGGAGACGGUUUCUGAGCCGGCUUCAUCCUCAAAGAAAAGGGAUAAUGUUGUGGUAAUUACUAUUGAUGACUCGAGUGAUGAGACCACCCCUCAAACGCAUGUGGAAGAGGCACCCGUGUCGUCAGCUGGUAAUAAAAGAAGAAGGGGAAAACAGAUUAUGUUUACGGAUGAGUCAUCCAGUGACCACUAUGAGGUGGGUCAGACAAGCGCGGGUCAGGAGUCUGUUCCAGAGGUUGUAGCCCGCUGGUACGAGAAAAAAUCCCAGAUGGAGGCCCGUUUGCGUGACCGAAUUUCUCGGUAUCGCCUAAAAAUGACUUGUCAGCACCAAAAGAUCCGGAAGCUGGGGAAGAAGGUGCGGAAACUGAAGAAAUCUUCGAACUUUGAUAAAGGAAGAGAGGCGAUACGGAUGCCUGCAAAGGUAGUGGAGGCCUUAAAAAAAGAACUAGAGGAGGCUCGUGAUACGCAAGAGAAGCUCAAACAGGAGAGCGCAACUGCGGCCCGCGAGAAAGAGGGUUGGAUGCAAGAACGCGUGUCGUUAGAGAAGUCACUGGAGCGGGUUUGGUCUGAACGUCAAUGGUUGAUUGAAGAAGGGUUUGAAUACGUGAUUAAGAAACUGCACCAAAGCCGGGAAUUUCUUGAACCGUUGGCAGCUGUGGAAUCGAACAUAUGGUUAGCGGGGGCACACGACGGCCUUGUUGAAGGUUAUGCAAAAUGCAAAGCUGGGGUGGCUUUGGAGCAUAACCGCCUAUUUAAGCCAAAGGCCGAGGGGGAGCUUAACAAGGCUGCGGAUGAGCUGAAAAACAUGCAGUACCCGUAUGUGGUAGCUUUGUCGAAAUAUAGGGACCGUACAUUGGAUGAGUUGAAAGCAUUGGAGCCCGACAUGGGGAUGGAAGAUGAAGGCGUUGGUUGUAGUAAGAAGGUUGGAAAACGAGUUUGAGGCAGGCUUUUUAUUCGGUGUUAACUAUUUGAUAUUAUGGUAGAAAUUUGUUUAAGUUUGGGAACAUUCAGUAUUAACUAACUAAUUUUAUGAUAUGUAUGGAAUAUCAUCAGACUAGUUUUGUCUAGUUGGUUGGCUUUAUGCAAGUCUAUUAGUCAAAUUCUACUAAAUUAUUUAGUGAAUGAAGAUAAUAGUUCAAAUCAAA